GUAUCUUUGAAAAAUGAAGUGCAUAAGUCUCUUAAGUUAGAUAAGUCAUUGGGAAAUUUUGCCAAAUGACCAUUCAGUCCCUCUUUGGUUUCUGAUGCAUAAGAACCCCAUAAUCCCAACGUCCAUAAUUUGGACCAACCAGUGCAUGCCACACAAACCCUUUCAACUGCCCUUACAUUAUCGCGUGCCCCCGCCCCAGUCUGACCCCACAAUACUUUUCUCCUCCUCAUCGCGUUUCUGCAGCGUCUCUACACCUAGCUACCAUGUCGGCGAGUACCAAAGUUCAGAGGGUUAUGACCCAACCCAUUAACUUGAUCUUCAGGUUUCUUCAAAGCAAAGCUCGCAUUCAGAUUUGGCUCUUUGAGCAAAAGGAUUUGAGGAUUGAAGGAAGAAUCAUUGGUUUUGAUGAGUACAUGAAUUUGGUUUUGGAUGAUGCUGAAGAAGUAAACGUCAAGAAGAAGAGCAGAAAGACAUUAGGGAGGAUCCUUCUUAAAGGAGACAACAUCACUUUAAUGAUGAACACGGGGAAAUGAUGAUGAGUCCAUGUUCCAUCCAACAAGAAGACCGAUUUUAUCUUUACAUUUUUCAGUUUAAUGACUAUUUAUCCCGUCAACAUGUUGAAUAUGCUGUUUAAAAUGUAAUGUUGGCAAUAUGAAAUUUUUAUUCACCUGAUAAAUACUUGGUUGGUCCUAUUAGUUAUGGCUUCUUUCCUAUUAGUUAUGGCUUCUUGUUGCCUGUAUUAAUGUCUAGCUUCCAAAACCUAAUGUAACACCAAUAUUACAAACUUUCAGUGGUUCUUUUUAUCAUUCUA